AAACUAUAAAACACAAACACUACAAAAAAAAGGAUAUAUUGUGACUACAUCUUGAGACGAACGGUUAUAUACUUAUCCAUUUGAUAUCAUAUAAUUUGUAGACUAAAUUUGAGUGGGAUGCCUCAAUUGGAAAUCUUGUUAAAGAAAACUUUGAUCAACUUGCCGCUACCCGUCUCAAAGGAAUGGUUAGUCUCGCAAAGUCAAAUGGAGAAAAACCUGAUUGGAUUUUGUCUGAUUACUGGAGGGUAAUGUCUGAGUAUUGGAGAACAUCAAAGGCCAAAGAUAAAAGUGAGAAAGCUCGGGCUUCUCGUCUAUCUAGACGUGAUGGUUUAGGUGUACACCGACACAGAGCAGGCUCACGUUCUUAUGCAAAAGUUCAGGAUGUUUUGGAGGCAAACAAUGAAGACUCUUCUUUCAUUGCUGUGCUGAAAAAAACACACCAGAAAUCUGAUGGAACUUAUGUUGAUGAAAGAGCUCGACUAAUUGCUGAGAAAUUUGAUGAAUGUGUUCAAGAACGCUUGUCUGAAAUGGAAAAUUCUAGUGGAGAGGAUUUGACAAUAGACAAUCUCACCCUUGAAGAGAAAAAUGAAAUCUAUUCUAAGAUUGUUGGAACAUCAAAACAAGGUCGUGUAUUUGGACUUGGGUCACUCCAAAGAGGUGUUUUAAUGCCUUUAGAGUCUUCGACGGGUUCUCCACUAGGUAGUGCAGAUGUGGAGACAAUAACUCAUCGAGUGGGAGAGCUUGAAGCUGAAUUGCAAAAGAGUCAUGAUGAGUAUGAAGACCUUAAGAAACGAAUUGAAGCUGUGGAGGCUUUCUGCUUCAACACAAACUAGUGUGGCUAUGGUGUUAUUUCUGGUUUUGGUUUUUGGUGUUAUUUUAUUGGUUUUUAGUUGCUUUAUUCACUUGCUAUGAUUUUUUUCAUUUAAAUUUCUGUUCAAGUUUAAACUAUAUUUAUAAUUUUUUAAUGUUAUGGAAUUUUUAUUUUCAAUAAUUUGUCUUUAUCAGAUUUUUUUUUUUGGAAAAAUAAUUAUCAAAAGUACGUUGUAAUAUAGCUAAUAUUUACAGAAUAUUUAUAAAAAUAAAAAUAUAUGGAUAUAAAUAUAAUUCCGUAAGAUUGUGACUAAUUUAAUAAAAGUAAUCACUACAACUUUUACAUCUAAAUUAGUAGCUAAUUAAGAUGGAUUUGUGAUGUUUUUUUAGUGAAGAAUUGUGACGGAUACGUGACAAAAUAUAAGUAUCUAAUUAAGACUGAUUUGUGACAAAAUUCCUGACAAUUUGAGUGACAAAACUAGACUGUUUAGUGACUACGUAUCGGUCCUCAGUUGUGACGGAACUGUUACUCAUUUUCAGUGACAAUACAUAACAUAUCUGUGACUGCAAAUUAGUAGCAAAAUUAGACUGUUUAGUGACUAUGUAUUAGUCCUUAGUUGUGACGAUUGGAGACCAAUGUUUCGUCGCACCGAGUUACGAAAAUGAGACGGUGUAAUGGUCACAUAAAAUGACGGUUUUGUGACAUGAUUAUUAGUUGCUAAUUGUGGCUGUUUUGUCACUUACAUAUAUCGUCACGACUUGUGUCGGACUUGUUACGGUCUCAAUACGUUGCAAAAUUGUUACGUUUUUGAUACCAAAAAAAAUUUGUGACGAUUGUAUUGCAACCGUUUGCAAACAGUUACAAAUACGUCACAAUGUCAAUAUUAAGACGAAAUAUUUUUUAUUGUGACAAAAUAUUUCGUAACAAUACACUCAUUUUCUUGUAGUGAAAUAAUUAUAAUGAGAAAGCUAACGGUAGAUAAUUAUCCAAGCUAAUAUAGGAGGAAUCCUAACAGAUGACCAAGUAACUAUCUUUCUACCAACAUCGCUUAUGUGUACCUGGUGAGAACCGUUAGCUUCAGGGGGUUAGUGGCCUUGGCUUGCGUGAGCAAUAAGCAUAAUCUGAGUUUUCAUAACCUGCAACGAAUCCAGGACCUUACAUCAACAGGUUCACAAAGUUAUAAAUUAUUUUUGCAAGUAAGGUUUAAACUAAACCUUGAGAUUGCUUGGGUUUUGAGCUGCCACAACAGCUGCAAAGCCUGCAAUUGCUGCCCUAGCUUUGAUCUCCACGUCAGAUCAUUCUUCUUGGAGUUCACAGUUUGACGAUGUAAGUGAUUGGUGGUCUUCUCCAUACCGCGUUCAUGGUCUUCAUGUCUUCUCUCAAGCUCAAGAGAAGCCAUGUUUCAAAACUAAACCCAAGAAUCUCACUAUUCGUUCAAAAUUGUCAACUCCACAACAAAGGUAUAUUCAGUUUUCACCUUCCUUUGCUAACUUCUUCUCGAAAAGUCCGCCGUAAUCUCCAUGGCUCAGUCCAAUUUAGCUUUAGCCUUGGCUAUCUUGCCGUUAAGAACAGUUGUCGCCGCUGAUGGCUUCUGUCUAUCUUCAGCUAGCCUCUAGACAUCCGACCUUAUCUGAUCAAGCUCAGCUGCGGUUCCAUUGACCACACGGGCUUCUGCCUCUGUCCUCAGCGAAGUCUGGUAAACAUCAUUUGCCUUAGCUUCUCUCUUGGGGGUUGUUUCAGCAGAAGUAGACGACGACUACAGAUUUGUAGGUGGAGAGAUGAAAUUUUCUGGUGUAUUUCAUGGCCAUGGAUGUAUCUUCUUCAGAUUAGGUUAUUUUAAUUUAGGAUGAAUUUAGGUUUAGAGAUAUAGUUUUAUAUAGGAGAAAAUUGAGGAGAGGUGAAACAAAACAUUCAAGAAUAGCUUUAAGAUCAUUAUUGAUUGAGAAAGUUAACUAAGAAAAAAAAAUCAGACAUUGGAGAAGAUGAAGUGGAAGAGUCGGGGAGAGACGUUUGGAGACGAUACAGUUUCUAGGCAUAGGCUGAGUUGGGCCAGAUAGAAAUUUGAAAAAACCCCAUGGCCCAAUUUGAACCAACUCGUUGCUGACAUGGCCGAACGCUGCUUUCUUACUGAUGAAUUUCUAGUCCGACGUGGACCAUCUUAGAAGGUUUAAUAUUUGUCUUUUUAGUAUAGUUUAGAUAGCCUAUAUAUAGGUGGGUUGGGUGUUGGUUAUUGACAAUUAUGAGAAGAUAUAGGUUAGUUGUACGUAUGAUGUUGGAAUCGCGAAUUCAGCAAAACAAACUAGAAUUUUUUAAAGUACAUUAACUAAUUAUUGCAUAUGAAUACGAUUUCAUGGUGAAACAAACUUAUAGAUUUCAUGGCAACGCGUCAUUGUUAAUAAUAUUAUAUAUACAUCGAUAUUUAUUUGAAAUCAAGCAUAAUUACCAAUUUUAGUUUUAUAAAUGUAAUAAUUGAACUUAUUGUGGUAUAAAAAUAUUUAUAUACAUUAGACACUGUAGAUACUUCGUAAAUAUAAAACUUAUUACAUGUUUGUAUUUGGUGAGAAAGAUAAUCCUAAUCAUAAGAAAUUAUAUAUAUAUAUAUAUAUAUAUAUAUAUAUAUAUAUAGCUUUCUUUUAACUUUUGUAUCUAUGAAUAUAAAUAUGUAUGAUUUUUUUACCAUAAUUAGAAUGCUUAUCACAAAGUAACAUGUCAAUUUUCCCAGCGAACAUAUAAUUUGUCAAAAAAAAGUAACACGUCAACGUAAUCAUCCAAAUGAA